UUUUUUCAGUAAAUAUUUUAAAAAGCUUUUUCCGUUGUUUUGGGGUUUUUAUAAGUUUUUUGUCUUUUUCCGUUGUUUUUCUUUUUGUUUUUUUCAUUUUUUCAGUCAUGUCAUUGCUACAGAAACUGCCUAAAGUAACUUCCAUUGAUUAUUACUUUGAUAUUGUCUCUAUCCCUGCUUGGGUUUUGUUUGAGAGAUUUUCAAUUUUGAAAGCAACUCACAACGAAAUUAAUUUUAAUUUUCGCCCUGUACAUGCUGGAAGUUUGUUUACAACAAUUGUUCCCUAUACCACUCCAAAUUUAAAAAAGAAUUAUUUUGAAGAGCAAAGAUUGUUUGCACGACUACAUGGAUUAAAUAUUAGGACUGAUCCCGAAACAAUAGACAAUCUAUUGGACGGCAUUUCCAGCUCUUUCCACCCCCAAUGUGCAUUGAACAUGGUUGCCUCAAAAUUCGGAUUUUCUGCAUUUCAAAAAAUUUCAAGACAAUUUUGGCAAAGAAUUUGGGUUGAAAACAAAGCGUUAAAUUCAGAAAAGGAUUUGGAAGAGGCUCUUAAUUCUUCCCAGAUUUGUUUGGAUUUCGGUUUGAACGAGAAUUCAUUCUCAAAUGAUGAAUGGUGUAAUAGACUAAACGAAAACCAUAGAGAGGCUGUGGAGGCAAAGUGUUUCGGCAUCCCUUGGACUGUUCUUCAUUUUGAAAACGAUUUAAAUUCAAGAAAAGAAUUUUUUGGAAUAGAUUCUUGGCCUCUAAUUUGUCAAUAUUUAAAAAUACCCCAAAAGAUGUUUGGUGAUGUUUUGUUGUUUUGA